GCCCGGGACAGCAUGGCUGCCACGAUUCGGCUGCCGAAACACGACGUGCUGCAGGCGCUGCGGAGUUCGGUAUAUCCCCGGGUGGGAGGCUCAGGCUCCACGUGCUGCCGCUGCCCUCUCGGAGCUAAAAGAUACCUACUUACAGAUAAUAUUGUGAAAUUAAAAGAAUUUCAGCAUAAGAAGGUGGCUAUUGCGUAUCAUCUUCCUGGCACCAAAGCAACCUAUCUGAGAAACAUGGAAGAGAAAUUGACUCAGAACAAGCUCAUCCUGAAGGAGGAGUUGAAAACCUUGCUUCAUUUGAGCGAUUCCCGGGACGAUAUGGAACUGGUUAAAAAUGUCAUUUACAGGUACCAUGCAGAGAACAGAAAUGUGACUUUCGGAGAGUAUAAAUUUGGACCACUUUUCAUGAGGUUGUGCUAUGAGUUGGAUCUUGAGGAAUCUGCAGUGGAACUCAUCAAAGACCAGCAUUUACGAGGUUUCUUCUCAGAUUCCACAUCAUUCAAUAUUUUGAUAGAUAUGUUAUUUAUCAAAGGCAAGUAUUCAAGUGCAUUGGAAGUACUGAUAGAGAUGAAAAGCCAAGAUGUGAAGUUCAACAAAGAUACCUAUGUCCUUGCUUUUGCGAUUUGCUACAAACUGAAUAGCCCUGAAUCUUUGAAAAUCUGUACUACAUUAAGAGAAGAAGCCCUGAUCAAAGGAGAAGUCCUCUCCAGGAGAGCAUCUUGUUUUGCGGUGGCAUUAGCUCUGAAUCAGAACCAGGUGGCGAAAGCUAUAUCCAUUUUUUCCCAAAUCAUGAAGCAAGAAAACAUAGUCUGCACUAAUUUAAAUGCCCUGUAA